CUCCUCCCUCCACCGGAGCAGACAGACAGACAGACAGACAGACUCCUCCUUAUCAGCACCAUGACUUCUGUUAUGUACUCCUCUAGGAGCUCCAUGAUGGGCGGCGGCGGUGGCAGCAUGGGCCUGGGGCGAGCAUCCUAUGGUGGCAUGAGCUCCUUCAGCAUGGCAGGAGGAGCAGGAGGCGGCGGUGUUAGGGUCUCCCAGGCCAGCAGGAGCUUCUCUGCCGGCGGUGGUGGCGGCUACAGCUUCGGUGGUGGAGCUGGUGGAGGUGCAGGGUUUGGUUCAGGUGGAGGCUUUGGUGGCGGUGCAGGCUUCGGUGGCGGCGCAGGCUUCGGUGGAGGAGCGGCGAUGGACGACAGUGUCAUCGGCAACGAGAAGUUCGCCAUGCAGAACCUGAACGAGCGCCUGGCCACCUACCUGGCCAAGGUGGCGGCACUGGAGAAGGCCAAUGGCGAGCUGGAGCUGAAGAUCAGGGGGUUUGUGGAGAGCAAGACUGGACCCAGCACCAGAGACUACAGCGCCUUCUUCGCCACGAUCACAGAACUGCACGGCAAGAUCCAGGACGCCAUCAUCGUCAAAGGUACCGUCAUGCUGAGCAUCGACAACGCAAAGCUGGCUCAGGACGACUUCAGAAUGAAGUUCGAGAACGAGCUGUCGAUGCGUCAGUCUGUGGAGGCCGACAUCGCCGGGCUGAAGAUGCUGCUGGGAGAACUGGGCGUGGCCAAAACCGACCUGAGCAUGCAGAUCGACGGCCUGGCGGACGAGCUGGUGUCCAUGAAGAAGAACCACGAGGAGGACCUGCUGUCCAUGAGAACUCAGAUGACCGGUCAGGUGAACGUGGAGGUGGACGCUGCUCCUCAGGAAGACCUCACCAAAGUCAUGGAGGAGAUCAGAGAACACUACGAGGCCGUCGCCGCCAAGAGCCGCAGAGAGCUGGAGGGCUGGUACCAGACCAAGUCGGAGAUGAUCAGUCAGGAGGUGGCGACCACAGAGAUGACGCUGAAGUCUUCGACCACAGAGGUGAAGGAGGUGAAGAGUCAGCUUCAGUCUCUGGAGAUCGAGCUCCAGUCACAGAUGAGCAUGAAAAUGUCUCUUGAAGCCUCACUCGCUGACAUCCAGAGCCGCUACGGGAUGCAGUUGAGCGGGUACCAGAUGCAGGUGAGCAGCAUGGAGGAUCAGCUGGUGCAGCUGAGGGCCGACCUGGAGCGGCAGGGACAGGAGUACCAGAUGCUGCUGGACAUCAAGACCCGUCUGGAGCUGGAGAUCGCCGAGUACAGGAGGCUGCUGGACGGAGAGGGAGUCGGAUCUUCAGGCAUGUCCUCUUCCUCCUCCACCACCACCACCACCACCAAAGUCAUCACGAAGGUCAUCGAGGAGACCAUUUGAGCGCGACCACCCGUCUGUCUGACCCCCGGAGGAGGAGUCAAACCUCAACCUUUCCUGCGCGCUGAACGAGAGAUCGGGAACGACAGUUUCUGUUCUGCGUCCGGCUUCAUUAUCUUUACUUUCUGCUGUCGUUCAGACCUCAGUCGCCCUGAAGGUUGUUGGGUCUGUGAGGGGAAACAUGAAGCGUCCUCGAAGGUCUGAGCCGACUUUAAAGAACCUUCUUUCUGAUGCUUCAAUUCAAAUAAAAGUCUACUAAAGUCAACAGAA